AUGCAACCAUCUAUUAAAAAACAGAAAAAUGAAAAUAAAUCAAACAAGAAGUUAUCACAUCAGGCUUGUGCUCACAAAAACAAAAAACUUAGAUGUGAACAAAAGCAUAAUGAGAUACUCUGUAAGCCAGAAGCUAAUAUUGAGUUCUUUUCAGAUUUGACUCUAAAUAGGAAAGCAAUCUCAAUAAAUAUCAAUAAUAUGAUUUUUAAUUUGACCUUG